CGUAAAUAUGUCUACAACUAGUGAUUUCUCAAGUGGUCCUCCGUUAUGUAAAUGUGGAGUUCCUGCACGAAUAAGGUACUCUUGGACCUCGAGCAACCCCGGUAAAAAGUGGUACGGAUGUCUUAAAUACAAGAAAGCUGGUGAUUGUGAUUUUUUUGUAUGGGCUGAUAAGGAAAUGUCACCUUACGAGAAGGGUUUGGCGAAAUACCUGAAAGAAAUGGAAGACAAAAGGGUUGUUGAUAAUGACAAAUUUGAAGCAUUUAUUGAGGGAAAGUGCAAGCAACAUUACGACAAACUGCGGCGGGACUUAGAAUUGGGUCAAAAUGACAAAGUUGAUGCAAUGAUUGGAAAAAAAUGCAAAAAGCAUUAUGAUAAAAUACGGCGAGAGUUUGGGUUGGGUCAAAAUACAACUUGGAUGAUGGUUAAAACUGCGUUGUUAGUAGUGAUUUUGCUUUUAGUAUUUUAUGUGUGUGGUUAUAGUGGAACUACAAAUACUAAGUUAAUGUUAAAAUAACAAU